AUGGCUCCAAUGAAUCGCCCAGCUCCUGUGGAAGUCACAUACAGGAACAUGAGAUUUCUUAUUACACACAACCCAACCAGUGCAACCUUAAACAGAUUUAUAGAGGAACUUAAGAAAUACGGAGUUACAACAAUAGUAAGAGUGUGUGAAGCAACUUAUGACACUGCUCUUAUGGAGAAAGAAGGCAUCCAGGUUCUAGAUUGGCCUUUUGAUGAUGGUUCCUCACCAUCCAACCAGAUUGUUGAUGACUGGUUAAGUCUUGUAAACAUUAAAUUUCGUGAAGAACCUGGUUGUUGUAUUGCCGUUCACUGUGUUGCAGGUCUUGGGCGAACUCCAGUGCUUGUUGCCUUAGCAUUAAUUGAAAGUGGAAUGAAAAAUGAAGAUGCAGUACAGUUUAUAAGACAAAAGCGGCGCGGAGCUUUUAACAGCAAGCAACUUUUAUAUUUGGAGAAAUAUCGUUCUAAAAUGCGGCUGCGCUUCAAAGACUCCAAUGGUCACAGAAACAACUGUUGCGUUCAAUAA